AUGGCUCAGACAAACUUUACUGAAGAUGAAAACCAGAAAACAUUUACAGAACUGUGGUGCUCAGCGGAAUUUUUAAGAAGUGUAGAUGGCGAGCUUAUUUUCCUUUCAGCUCUAAAUAUUUUUCUUUCCAUUACUGCAUUUCUGGGGAACACUCUGAUCCUAGUUGCCCUACACAAGGAAACUUCACUUCAUCCGCCGUCCAAACUCCUGUAUCGUAACCUAGCGAUAACUGAUCUCUGUGUUGGUAUCAUAACAGAACCUUUGGCUGUAACUUAUUUGACUUCUGUUGUAAACAGAAGAUGGGAUAUUUGCUAUUACGCGACUCGGGCAGCAGCUUUCUUCGGUAAUACUUUGGGCGCAGUGUCUUUAUUAACAUUGACUGCAAUAAGCGUAGACAGACUUCUCGCCUUGUUGCUGGGGCUCAGAUACAGACAAGUUGUAACUUUGAAACGGAUGCAUAUAACUGUCAUUGGUUUUUGGAUUUUGUCCAUCGCCGGUGCAUCUACUUACUUUUGGAAUCGUUAUAUAUCUUCAUGGUGUCGAUACAUAGUUGCAACUCUGUUUCUAGUCACUUCAAUCUUCGCUUACACAAAAAUUUCCUGUACUCUGCGUCGUAAUCAAAUACAUGUUCAUAACCAUGUUGCUCAAGGACAACCGAACCAAGCAAUUCCACUGAACACAGCCCCAUACAGAAAGGCAGUGUACAGUGCACUGUGGGUGCAGGUAACAUUAAUUAUUUGUUAUCUGCCGUAUGGUAUAGCGGUCGCUUUGACACCUCAAAAAGAGAUUUCCUUAGCCAUUUACCGUCUUAACGAAUUUACUGUUAUGUUGUUGUAUUUAAACUCGUCAUUAAACCCGUUACUGUACUGUUGGAGGAUCCGAGAAGUGAGGCAAGCUGUAAAAGAAACAUUAAGGCAAAUAUUCUGUUGUUCGAGUUAG